GCGUGAAGGAGGCGUGGCUCUGACGCAGAUCUCUCUCGCGCGCAGUGAUGGAUCAGAUCAGCGCAGCGCGCGUCGCUUAUAAUCAAGAUUUAACACACAAGACCAUCCUGGUGGGAGACAGCGGAGUGGGAAAGACGUCUCUACUGGUUCAGUUUGAUCAAGGGAAGUUUAUCCCUGGAUCGUUUUCUGCAACGGUGGGAAUCGGAUUUACGAAUAAAGUGCUCACAGUGGACGAGCUGAAGGUGAGAUUACAGAUCUGGGAUACGGCGGGACAGGAGAGGUUUCGGAGCGUCACACACGCGUAUUACAGAGAUGCUCAGGCUCUUCUUCUGCUCUAUGACAUCACCAGCAAAUCCUCCUUCGACAACACAAGGGCGUGGCUUACUGAGAUCCAUGAAUAUGCUCAGGAUGAUGUGGUCAUCAUGUUGCUUGGCAACAAGUCAGACAUGGCCAGCGCCAGAGUGAUCAGACGAGAGGACGGAGAGAAACUCGCCAGAGAAUAUGGAGUCAUUUUCCUAGAGACCAGUGCCAAAACCGGACUCAACGUCGACGAGGCCUUUAUGACGGUGGCAAAAGAGCUGGUGAGGUGCUCGGUCCAGCUGCCCGUCGAGCCCAGAUUUCACCUUCAUGACGUGAUGCAGCCGGAGACGGAGCCAUCCAGCUGCUGCGGCUUCAGCUAGAAACUAGAAAACGAGACAAAGAGAAGAACCGGACGGAGAAGAGACGACGAGAGCAGCAGUCGUUCCUCUCACAAUCAGCAGAUGGUGCUGCCGUGCGCCUGAUGUUCUCUAGUCAUGUUUUGUUUGUCAAAGAUUGCGUCAGAAAAACAUCACGGUCACACUGAAGCACUGCAUUGCAGCUUGAUUUAUUUUUAAGAUGGAAACCAGUAGAUAACAUGUUUUAAAGAACCAGAUGUAAAACCAGCUGCACUAACUCCGAAUAAUGCCUCCUUUCCUAUAGUCUGCCAAAAGUAGUAUUUGUGACCCUGGACCACAAAACCAGUGAUGAGGGACAAUUUGAAUAAAUGAGCUUUCCAUUGAUGUAUGGUUUGUUAUAUUUGUCUGAGAUGCAACUAUUUGAAAAUCUGGAAUCUGAGGGUGCAAAAAAAUCUAAAUACUGAGAAAAUCACCUUUAAAGUUGUUCAAAUGAAGUUCUUAGCAAUGCAUAUUACUAAUCAAAAAUGAAGUUUUGAUAUAUUUACGGUAGGAAAUAUACAAAAUAUCUUCAUGGAACAUGAUCUUAAUAUCCUAAUGAUUUUUGGCAUAAAAGAAAAAUUGAUAAUUGUGACCCAUACAAUGUAUUGUUGGCUAUUGCUACAAAUAUACCUGUGCUGCUUAUGACUGCUUCUGUGCUGCAGGGACACAUUUCUUAAUGAGAAGCAUGCACAUGGUAUUCAAAAAGUAGGCCAUUAA